AUGGACCCCGCCGCGUUUGAGCCCUGGCGUGUCCCUCUGGCGCAAUGGGGCCUCGUCCAGCUGGUAACAGGGUUGACUGUGGCUCUUACGCCGUCCCAGUCUAUCGUCCGGUCCAUGGCCGCGGCGAUCGUAAUAGCGUUAGCAUACUCGUUCCAAUCUCGCGUUGCUGAGUCAUUUGCCGACACGAGAGCAGGAGGGCCGUUGGCGGCCAUGUGUUGGGUGAACGUACUGAACGCCAUUGAUAUGCUGGUGUUGAGUCGGGUCUCCUACGAGGCGCAGGUUGAGUGGGAGGCGAAAAGGUCCGGCGAUAAAGCUCCCAAGAAAGAGAGCUCCUACUCCCUAAAGUCGACUCUCUUCCGUCGGCUUCUCUGGUCGCAAAACAUCGCGUUCAAUUAUCGCCGCAUCAACACGCCGUGGCAGAUUUCGAGACUCCCCGUGUUCGACAGCACCAAUCCGCAAUAUGUACCCUCCCGUUUAAAGUUUGUGGUGCAGGGCAGUGUGAAAGUAUGUAUCGCGUUCUUAUUGGUACAUCUAUGUACUAUGGACCCGAGCGACCCUCGCCUGGCUGGCGCUAUGGCGGAGCUAUCGGACAGCAAAAUGAUUCUCGCCCCUUGGUUGCACGGGACAUCGUCAGAUACAAUCCUGGUUCACGGUAUGAUCACGAUCUCGUUCGGUAUCGUAUGCAGGGCCGCCAUCGUGGGGAUGUAUAGCCUUGGAGGCAUCAUGCUGGUAGCGUUAGGAAUUUACGACCCCGUGGAGUGGCCACCAGUGGCCAAUUCACUGACUGAAGCUUGGUCUUUAACACGACUAUGGGGAACGGCAUGGCACCAAGUCCUUCGUACGCUUCUCGUCUCCAACGCAGACUUCAUCUCCUUCUCUGUUCUACGGAUACCCCCUAAGUCGCGGUGGGCCUGCUACCCACGUGUGCUUUUCGCUUUUACCGUGUCUGGAUUUAUCCACAUGGGAAUGGACUUGGCAUUCGGUGUCCCCCGAGACAAAACCGGUGCUGUGUGGUUCUUUUGUCUCCAAGCUCUUGGCGUUAUGUUUGAGGGUAUCGUCCAAUCCCUGUUUCACGCUCAGAUUGAGAGAAUGAGUCCUCUUUUUAGGCGUGCGGUAGGAUACGUAUGGGUGGGGCUGUUCCUCUUGUGGACGACGCCCGUGUGGUUGAAUCCCAUCAUGCUUUGUCUGUAUAAGGAUGGACAACGGGCCAUGUCUCCGGUUCCUAUCCUUGGAGCUUUGCCAUUAUAA